ACUGAAAAUGAAAAAACAAACUGUCGCGGAUUGGAAUUUAUUUGUUUACCCCGAGUAUUUAUAACCAAGUUCAAUCAUCUUUUUUCCGGAAUCUGCAAUUCUGAAUAGUUUCAAUCAAUCAGCUCUGGCAUAAAGGAAACACCGAAAAGAUGCUUUGCUAUCAAGAAUUUCAAGAAAGGAAAGAAGAAUCGCAAGAAGAAGAUGGCAGCAGCAGGUUUAUUGACUCCGGCGCCAUCGACAACCUGUCUCUGCUCCACCUCAACUCCGCCGCGAAACGCCGUCCGGCCGCCAUAACGGCUGAGAAUGGCACUUCCAGCGCCGCCUCCGCGAAAAGGUCAUCCCCCACUUUCGUCUCGUCUCUUCCGGAGCCUUCCCCGAAGCGACCCACUCUGCUCCCGCCUUCAUCUUCCUUCUCCCCGCCGGCGAACGGCGCCGGCGCCACCAAACCGCAGCCAUCUUUUCUCUACCGGAGCUUCUCCGAACCCAUUGAUACUACGGGUCUGCUGAACGCCCGAUCAGCCGAGAAUUCCAAGACGGAGGAUUUCGGUCCGGUCUCUGCUUCCGGCGGAUUCUUGAGCCCAUCGCCGGGAAUUUCCAAGACCACCGGCCCCUCAUUCAAAACUCCUUCUCCGCCGAUGAAUUCAGACUUCCUGCCGCCACUCCAUCCCCUCUGCAGAUCAAUCUCCGAUCCCUUUGCCGCCACAGAUUUCCAAGCACCGCAAGUGGCGGCGGCGGCGGCUGCCACACCACCCAAACGCCCGGUGUGGCCACAAACCAUCAAGACGUCUCCCCAGAGCUCCGCCGAAGAGAGUCCCAGCACAAAGAGGCUACAGGCAAAGAUGAAAGCGGGAAUGCGGAAAAUGAGACAAUGGUGCGAUCAACUAAUGCAAGAAGUGGUUGAAGAUGAAAAGGAAGAGACCCCAAACCCAAAGGGGAACGAGAAGGGAACAGAGGAGGAGGAGGAGGAGGAGGAGAAAGGGUCGGAAUCAGUGUGGGUGGAGAAAGCUGGAGAGGGGCUUGUGAUCCACUUCAAGUGCCCCUGCAAGAAAGGCUACGAGAUCCUUCUCGCCGGCAACAACUGCUACUACAAACUCAUCUGAGACCUCAUCACUUCAACUCAUUCAUUCAU